GAGAGAUCGUUGUUCAUGAACAGAGCACUCGCUGGAAUUAUUUCUCUUCUGGAUGAAGAAGAACCACAGCUCAAGGAAUUUGCACUACACAAAUUGAAUGCAGUUGUCAAUGACUUCUGGGCAGAAAUUUCUGAGUCUGUAGACAAAAUAGAAGUUUUGUAUGAAGAUGAAGGUUUCCGGAGUCGGCAGUUUGCAGCCUUAGUGGCAUCUAAAGUAUUUUAUCACCUGGGGGCUUUUGAGGAGUCUCUGAAUUAUGCACUUGGAGCAGGUGACCUCUUCAAUGUCAAUGAUAACUCUGAAUAUGUGGAGACUAUUAUAGCAAAAUGCAUUGAUCACUACACCAAACAAUGUGUAGAAAAUGCAGAUUUGCCUGAAGGAGAAAAAAAGCCAAUUGACCAGAGACUGGAAGGCAUUGUGAAUAAAAUGUUCCAGCGAUGUCUAGAUGAUCACAAGUAUAAGCAGGCUGUCGGCAUUGCUCUGGAGACACGAAGACUGGACAUCUUUGAAAAGACUGUACUGGAGUCGAAUGAUGUCCCAGGAAUGCUAGCUUAUAGCCUCAAGCUGUGUAUGUCUUUAAUGCAGAAUAAACAGUUUCGGAAUAAAGUACUAAGAGUUCUAGUUAAAAUCUACAUGAACUUGGAGAAACCUGAUUUUAUCAAUGUUUGUCAGUGCUUAAUUUUCUUAGAUGAUCCGCAGGCUGUGAGUGAUAUCUUAGAAAAACUGGUAAAGGAAGACAACCUCCUGAUGGCUUAUCAGAUUUGUUUUGAUUUGUAUGAAAGUGCUAGCCAGCAGUUUUUGUCAUCUGUAAUCCAGAAUCUUCGAACUGUUGGCACCCCUAUUGCUUCUGUGCCUGGGUCCACCAAUACGGGUACCGUUCCAGGAUCAGAGAAAGACAGCGACUCCAUGGAAACAGAAGAAAAGACAGGUAGUGUGCUUGUAGGAAAGACACCAGAAGCGAGCCCAGAGCCCAAGGACCAGACUUUGAAAAUGAUUAAAAUUUUAAGUGGUGAAAUGGCUAUUGAGUUACAUCUGCAGUUUUUAAUACGAAACAAUAACACAGAUCUCAUGAUUCUAAAAAACACAAAGGAAAUAAGGGAAGCAGCUGGCCUAGCCCUAGGUUUGGUUAUGUUGGGCUCUAAAAACGCCCAAGCUAUUGAGGACAUGGUCGGCUAUGCACAAGAAACUCAGCAUGAGAAGAUUCUGCGUGGGCUUGCAGUUGGCAUUGCGUUAGUCAUGUACGGGAGAAUGGAAGAAGCUGAUGCUCUCAUUGAGUCUCUCUGCCGUGAUAAGGACCCAAUUCUUCGACGGUCUGGAAUGUAUACCGUAGCCAUGGCUUAUUGUGGCUCAGGUAACAACAAAGCUAUUCGACGCCUGCUACAUGUUGCUGUAAGUGAUGUUAAUGAUGAUGUCAGGAGGGCAGCUGUAGAAUCACUUGGGUUCAUUCUGUUCAGGACCCCUGAACAGUGCCCCAGCGUGGUUUCGCUCUUGUCAGAGAGUUACAAUCCUCACGUGCGUUACGGAGCUGCCAUGGCCCUGGGCAUCUGCUGUGCUGGUACAGGAAACAAGGAAGCAAUUAAUUUGCUAGAACCAAUGACAAAUGACCCCGUGAACUAUGUGAGGCAAGGAGCGCUCAUAGCCUCGGCUCUCAUUAUGAUCCAGCAGACCGAAAUCACUUGUCCAAAGGUGAAUCAGUUCAGACAGCUGUAUUCCAAAGUCAUCAAUGAUAAACACGAUGAUGUCAUGGCAAAGUUUGGCGCUAUUCUGGCCCAGGGAAUAUUGGAUGCAGGUGGUCAUAAUGUCACAAUCUCCUUGCAGUCCAGGACUGGCCACACCCAUAUGCCUUCUGUGGUUGGCGUCCUUGUCUUUACGCAGUUCUGGUUCUGGUUUCCUCUUUCACACUUCCUGUCAUUGGCUUAUACCCCUACCUGUGUCAUUGGCCUUAACAAGGACUUAAAGAUGCCGAAAGUGCAGUAUAAAUCGAACUGUAAACCAUCCACAUUUGCAUAUCCUGCUCCUCUGGAAGUACCAAAAGAAAAAGAGAAGGAAAAGGUUUCCACAGCUGUGUUAUCUAUUACUGCCAAGGCUAAAAAGAAAGAAAAAGAAAAAGAAAAAAAAGAGGAGGAGAAAAUGGAAGUGGACGAGGCAGAGAAAAAGGAAGAAAAAGAGAAGAAAAAAGAACCUGAGCCAAACUUCCAGUUAUUGGAUAACCCAGCCCGAGUUAUGCCUGCCCAGCUUAAGGUUCUGACCAUGCCAGAGACCUGUAGAUACCAGCCUUUCAAACCACUGUCCAUUGGAGGCAUCAUCAUUCUGAAGGAUACCAGUGAAGACACGGAAGAGCUGGUGGAACCUGUGGCAGCCCAUGGCCCGAAAAUCGAGGAGGAGGAGCAAGAGCCAGAACCCCCAGAACCAUUUGAGUAUAUUGAUGAUUAAGGACCAGAGGUGUGUGUGCAACAAACAUUUUACACGGUGGUUUUCUGCAGGGACAUUGCCUCACUUCUCCCCCUUUCUUCUGUGCUUAAUCCCAGUUUACCGAAACAGUAUUAAAAAUUUCCCCCUUUUUGACCUCUUCUU